AUGUCUUCCAACAACACCAUUUCCGUGACCCUGUCACAGCUUGCCAAGAUGAUCGAUCACUCGCUGCUCCAUCCUACAAUGACCGACGCCGACGUCCUGGCCGGACUCAAGAUCGCGAGAGAAAACAACGUCGCCACGGCUUGCGUCAAACCAUAUCACAUUCCGCUAGCCAUUCAGGAGCUAUCAGGCACCGACGUCCUGGUAUGCCCCGUGAUCGGAUUCCCCCACGGCAACAGCACCACCGAAAUCAAAGUCCAAGAGGCCACCGCUGCUGCCCAGGCUGGUGGACGGGAAAUCGACAUGGUCGUCAACGUUGGCAAAGUCCUCGGCGGAGACUGGGAGUAUGUCACUCGAGAAAUUGACCAGAUCAACCGCGCGGUUGUAUCCCACGGGGCCAUUCUCAAGGUCAUCUUCGAGAACGACUAUCUCAAGCCCGAGCAUAUCGUUCAGCUUUGCAAGAUCUGUACCGAACUUGGAGUUGCUUUCGUCAAGACCUCGACUGGCUAUGGCUUUGUCAAGCAAGCCGAUGGCUCGUACAAUUAUCUCGGUGCGACGGUGUCGGAUCUCAAGCUGAUGCGUCAGCACUCGGGGUCCAAGGUCCAGAUCAAGGCGGCCGGUGGUGUUCGCACGCUUGAUGACCUGUUGCACGUUAUGAGUCUGGGCGUUACUCGAAUUGGUGCUACGGCGACGGUGGCUAUUCUGGAAGAAGCCAAGAAGCGUGGGAUUAGCGAUGAGCCGACGACAGUUAGCUUCAAGCCGAUGCAGGAGAAGGCGGGAGGAUAUUGA